AUGGGCAACCAACUCGCGGUGACGGCCGCCGUUGAUCUCGCCAACGUGUCGGGUGAUCUGGAGGUCGUUGCCCAUCUCAGUGCCGAAGGUCGCAACUACUUUGCCACGUUUCACUGCCUAAAAUACACUUCCUUCACGGAACCGGCCGGCAAUGAGGAUCACGCGCGAGAGUCGAAUCUUAUGAGCACCGCGUCUUACUCCUGUAGCACGAAUGACCCUCAGUGCUUUUACGGCUUCAUCUCGGCUGAUGGUGGUGGCACUCCUGGCGGCAGUGGUGUUCUGCAUCAGCGGCUCGAGUACCGGCCCGAUAGCGUCUUCCGUGCCCCCUCAACUGCCUCGCUAAGUGGGGCGUCCGUCGGUCCUUCGACGCCAACGGUGGUGUUAUCUCCCUGGAUGGCCGGCAUUGGCGGUGGGGCAGCUGGGCGUGGACGAGCACGAGGGGCAGGUGACGCCGGCAUAGGCAUCAGCUCGUCGUAUGCUUUGUGCGACGCUGCGGCAACCACGACCCAGCUUCUGGCUCGCGAACGCGCCGCAUGGCAUCAGGCGCGAUGGCGCCAGCGUCUGCCAGUGGCCGAUCGCCCGUGGCGCACUGUUCCGUCCUCCCUGCGGCCCGAGGUGGAAUUAUGGCGAGGCGCUACCGCAGAUGCCGUAAUGGAUAGCUGGUGUCGUGACACGCGCACUGGCGCCAUGUCAGUCGCCAGUGGCAGCCGCUGCAGCUUUGGUGUCCCUAGUGCGGACAGUAGCUCUCCGUAUGGUACUGGCUUGGGGCCGGCCUCACCGGUGCCGCAGACGAAGCUGCGGAUCGCCACCCCCUCCUCCUACGCCACGGCAGUGUCGGCCAAAGCGGGCCAGACUCCAAACAUUGACGCCCUGGUCGCUGGCGUGAGUGGGGAGUGGCGCAGCAACUACGGCAACUACGUGCAGCUGCUUCUGCGUAGCGGUGCAGGCGCCGGGCUCAAGUCCUCCGCAGCCGCUGCCUAUGGUGGUCGUCGCGUCACUGUGUCGCCUGCGCCAACGAGCACCACCUUCUUGUCAUCAUCGACGUCGCUGCAGCAGCGCUACUUGGUUGAGGAUGUCGUCACCAAGGUGUUUGUGCGCACCCCUGACGAUCCUGGUCAGGCGUACUUCCUCAAAUACAUACACCAUGUGAUGGACAACGCCGGUGAGAAGCUGCGCGUCGUCGACUCGACACUGAAGUGCACAACGCCGCGCAACUGCCUGUGGUACAGCCUUGUCUGCGAGGGAGACGGGUUUUGCGUGCUGCAACGACCUUACGUCGCCUUUACGCUUCGCGAGCGUCUCGUGGCUCGCCCUGUGUGGACGGCGCAGGAAAAGCUCUUUAUCGUCUAUCAGUUGUUAGAGGCAGUGGCCCACCUGCACGAGACCUACGGUCUUACCCACGGCGACAUCAAACCUAACAACGUGCUAGUGCAGAGUACCGGCGUCUUAGUGCUGUGCGACAUGGCCCUUUUCAAGCCUUCCCAAAUGCCACUUGACAGCCCGCUGCUGUUCGACUACUACUACGACACGGACGAGAACAGGGCGUGCUACGUGGCGCCCGAGAAGUUUACCGACCAGCCGCUGCCCACGCCACCACUGGAGAGCAAGGCACGGGGUAGCGCCACCUACAACGUGAACAACAUCAACUUCGAUGGCCACACAGCCUCGAUGGACGUCUUCUCCACAGCAUGUGUCGUGCUGUUCCUUUACAAGGAGGAGGAUCCGCUAACACUGUCGCAGGUGCUCAGCUUGCGCCAUCUUACCAGCACCGAGGCCCGCGAGGCGGUUGUGGUGCCCGUCCUGCUGGACGCCAGCGUGCCCGCUGAGCUGCAUCCGCUGCUGCUGCCCAUGCUGUGCGCCGCCGCGGAGGCGCGGCCGUCCGCGCGUGAGCUGGUGAAUCGCGGAUUGCAACAGCGCAUCUUCCCUGCCUCGUUCCCUUACUUAUACGAGUCCGUGUUGCCUCGCCUCCUCACCACCGCUCCAAACAUGCGGCUCAUACUCCUCCAGAACCAGCUUGAGGCUGUGCUGCAGAGAUGCGAGGUGCUCGACACGACACAAGCAAGUAGUGCUGGUAAGUGUUUGACGGUUGAGGAGGCAGCGGCAACCAGCGAGACAGCUAGUGCCCGUGUGGUCAGCUUGGCGGUAGUUGUGUCUCCAUCUCGAGCACUGGCUGUGUCUCUCCUUUUGCCCCUCCUGCUCCAAACUAUGCACAACAGCCGCACGAGCGAUGAGGCGGCUUACCGUGGCUUACUCUGCCUGCGUCGAUGCGCGUCAUACUGCAGCUUCGCCUGUCUAGUCGACAUAGUUUUACCACACGUGCUCUUCUACGUGAACAACGACGCCCACGUCUACGGGCCGUCGACGCGCCUUAUGGCACUUCGGCUGCUCAGCUCCAUCGCGGAGGUAAUCGCGCACCGCCUCACGCUCAGGCCGCCGCAGCGUUUGGGUGGCAUUGCGACGCCUUCGUGCGAUGCGGCCGCUGCGAAGCCAGGCGAAGAAGUGGAGAACUCUGCCGUACCAGAGGAGCAGUGGGCGCUCAUGGAGCAUCUUGUGCUACCGUGUCUCUACGACAUCCUGCGGCAAGCAGAGCAGGAGUCUACAGCGGUCCUGGUGGAGGUGGCAAGUCGACUGCCGCGACUGCUGCUCUUGGCACGCUACAUCACGGAGCGGCGGCAGCUCUUGUACGGAGGCGAUGCAAUGACAACCCAGUCGACUACUUUGAAGGAUCAGUUGGACGCCCAGCGGCACUGCGCUCGGCGACCAGGAGAGGCUGCGUGCGCGCAGCAGAGGUACCCCAACCCACUCCCCGCGCAACACUGCCCCCAGCCUGACGCGCCUCUUUCUCUCAGAAACGAUGGCGAGGAGGACGACCGGGCGAAGGCAGUAGCCGCGGCUGCAACGUUAAACCCGAUGAUGAUGUCAUCGCCGCCGGUGCCCCGUGCCAGCAGUGACGCGCUGUGCGCCAGCACUACUGAGGUUACCAGCUUGAGCGAGCACAGCUUCAUCAGUGGCACGCGGGUGAUGUCAUGUCCGGAUGUCUGCAACACUGAAGUUGGCAAGUCAGUGGGCGAGAAGCGCGAUGCUGAUGGAGAGAGCGUUGGCGACGAGCACGGCGCCAGCGCUGUUGGCACGCAGCAGUAUCUAACCCAGCUCCGCUGCCUCCUGAACAACGGCUGGAACAUGCUGCAGAUUUUGUACAAUCAUCCAUCCGUUGCUGUUGUCUUGGAGGUCAUACGACAGUCUGCCAGCACCGUCGCCGCCUUCCUGGGGGAGGAGCGUGUGGCAGAGGAUCUGAUACCUCUCCUCACCACGGCCCUGGCUGCACCGCUGCGGGUGCAGAGGGUGCUCUAUUCACAGGCCAUCAUACUUCACGCGCUGCUGCAGCCGCCGCCGACGAAGACACUUCGGCUGUUUGUGGAGGAAGGCCUGCGGCACACAGACGCUGUGUGCCUCAGCAGAACCCUGAAUAGCCUCGCAGUUGUGGUGCGUAGCCGCAGACUGCCGCUGGAGGAGUCGAUGGCGCUUGUCCACCAGUGCCUUCCAAUGCUGGUGGAGAGCCGUCUGUGGCUGCGCGAGGCGGCGUGCGGCGUUGUUGAGGCGGCGGCACAAACCUACUCGAUGGCUGACGUUGCGCUGCAUCUCGAGUAUGCCGUUCGGCCGUUGCUGAUGCUUCCAGUGCCUUUGGCCCACCUGCGCCGCUACGCCGCUACGGCAAUUCGGGCUGAGUUGGCUACACCAUUCAUGCCAUUAGGUGGCGUGGUGGGACCAACGCCGGUUAGUUACGCCAGCAGCGUGUCGUGGAGGGAAAGGGCGCUCGUCCCUGAAUCAGCAGUCCUGUUAGACGGGGACAUCUUCGAAGAUGAUGAACCGUUGCACCGAUUUAUUGACAAUGGCGCUGGCCGUGGCAAUGGGCAACGCGGCUGCUCAGCGCAAUGCCGAUACAUCGAGGACGUAGGAGGCAAUGGCGGCACCUUCAAAGAUGUUUUACCCGCAGUUGUGGCAGUGACUCGCUCUUAUGCUUCCGGGCCGGCACCGGCGCUCUUGCACGGGCUUCCGUCGACUGAGGCCUCAUCGUCAUCUCUGCCAGGGGCAAGGACGCGCUGUGAAGCGAGCAUUGCGGAGGAUGCAGCGGCCGUUCAGCACAGCGGCAGCACCACCAGUACCGGGAUUCGCAUCGUUGGUUGCGAUGACUCGAGUGACACGGCGCUCGUCUACCGACCCACCGCGCGAGAGGUUGCGCGGAUGCAACUCGAAAGCCACCCUGUGUCGCCCCGCCUCUCAGCUUCUUCCGCGCUGCUGUCGCUGCCUCAGCCUUGUCUCGUCUCUUCCCAUGUGGUCGUUCCAUCCACGGAAAAGAGCAGUGGCACGACGACCGCGGCGGCGGCGUUGUCAGUGCUGGAUUGCCCACCAUCACCACCACCGCCGCACAGCAUUGAGGUAUCGCCGCUACCUGUCACACUGCCUCCGCCCUCGUGCGUCUGUCGGUGCGGCCUCAAAGGCGGUGGCGGACGCGCCGUGCACAGUCGAGCAACCCUGCCCUCCCUAUCCUCACCAGCGGUGGCUACGACCACCGUGGCAUCGACUUUCUCAGCACCGUCCUCGGCGUUGCGUCCCACUGCUGCGGCACUCAGUUCUGUCGGUGCUCACAUGGGAGCCAUCUACGCAGUGGCGCCCUCGCCGUCAGCCAACGGGAUCGUGAUCUCAGCUGGAGCCCGAGGUGAGGCUUUUGUAUGGCAGGCUGCCGUGUCACACAAGAGCGCAGCUCACGCGCACCAGCUGUGCUUGGUGGAGAGAGUUGUGGCAACGACGUCCGAUGCGAGGGAGUACAGCUACACGGCAUGCCAGUGGAUCAGUGCACAAGGUCAGCGACGAGACUUGACGCUCGCCUCGACGUCCGCCUCAGCUUCCGGCUCGAUGGUGGCCUUUGCGAGCACCGACGGUGCCGUGCGUGUCCUGGACGUGGAAAAGAACGCGUGGGUGUCGUCCAUUGCUGUAGGUGGCACUCUAGAGGGCGGACUGACUGGGCUGGCAUUGCAGGAUCGAGCAUCACUGCUUGUGGCGACCGCAGCUGGUGGCCUUCACGUGGUGGAUACGCGGUGCCGAGGCGGAGCUCGUUCAGGCGACGAAGCGUCAACUGUGAGCUCGACUGCCUCCGUGUGGCACACCCAACUCAACCCACUGGACGGGGCGCCGAGCUGCCUGUGCCCGCUCUACGCGGGCGAUAAGGCAUGCGCCGCGGCCGUCGGCACAUGCGGUGGCACUGUGUGCCUGUACGACUUGCGGUAUCAGCUUUGUGCGCAGCGCGUCGUCCUCGUUGAUGACGAGGCAGGGCAGCUGUCAGCGUCCGCUCUCACGUCAUCAAUGCGACUGUCCAUCACGACGGCGUGCGUGGAUCCCUUGUCGGCGCUGUGUCAGAGCUGCCGUCCAUCGACGUGGGAACCGGCGCCGGCCGUGGGGCCGAGUCUGCUGCUCGGCACUAGCGGAGGCACGGUAUAUCGCCUCCUCCUCCAGAGCGCUGCUUACUGGCCUGCAUUUCAGUGCUGUCACAAUGGUAGCGGAGCCGUACGCACGAUGCUGACACAGCCUACCCACGGCCGCGUCUUCACUGGAAGCGAGGAUGGGUAUAUUCGAAGCUGGUCGACUGACUGCCCACAGACGUCCCACACUCUAGUGUACGCGCCAUACCAAUCCCCGGCGUACGCCGUGGUGCGCACCGGUGCGGCAGAGCGGGCGCUGGCGGCGAGUGCUGCGCGCAGCGACGUAGCUGUCUCGCCGGCCGGCAACGGCAGAAAGGGUCUUGCCUUCCUCACGGUGCGCGAAGGCAACGACGCUAACUAUGGCAGCUGCGCUCUCCCGCGACACGCCCCGGAUGCGAUCCUCACCUUGUGUGCUGUGCGCACGACCACCGGCUCCUCUGCUUCUUGGAGCUCCGGUAACACGGGCGACGGAGGAGGAGGGGAGCCAUGCUAUCUGCUAUCUGGAUCCCGCGACGGCACGCUGACGCUGUGGGACAACGAACCUGGACAGCCCUGA